AUGAGAAAAUGGCUUCUUCAUCGCGGCCCUCGCCUCUCUCGUCCCCCGCCGAACCUACGCUCUUCUUCGCAUCAGCUCUUCAGCACCGCUAAGCCGCAUCUCAAAUCCAGUCACGAUCCUCGCAUUCGUGACUUUGGGAGACGCAUACAUGAUGAAUAUGCUACUAUCCGCGAGAACUACGCUACGCCCAAACAUCCCAUCGUCCUCGCCCACGGCCUCCUCGGCUUCUCCGAACUCAGAGUCUCAGCCCUCCUCCCGCCCAUUGAGUACUGGCACGGCAUCAAGCAGGCCCUCGCGCAGAACAACUGCACCGUCAUCACCGCGUCCGUCCCGCCCACGGGCUCAAUCGAGGAGCGCGCCGCCAAGCUCGCGGCCGACAUCCUCGCCCAAACCAGCACGCACAAGGAGCAUGCGGCGCCAACCGUAAACAUCAUCGCCCACAGCAUGGGCGGCCUCGACGCCCGCUACAUGAUCUCCCGCCUCAAGCCGGCCCUCGCCAACGUCCGCGUCGCGUCGCUCGUGACAAUCGCCACGCCGCAUCGCGGCAGCCCCUUUGCGGAUUACCUCGUCGAGCGCGGCGCCGGGCCGAUCCACCUGCCCCGGCUGUACGGCAUCAUCCGGCGCGCAGGCCUGGGCACCUCUGCGUUUGGGCAGCUGACGACGCGGUACAUGCGCGAGGAAUUCAACCCGCGCGUGAGGGACGACGAGUCGGUCAGGUACUUUUCGUACGGGGCGGCCAUUGACGAGCCUUCGCUGCUGGGGGCCUUUAGGCUACCGUAUGGCGUCGUGGGCAGGGCCGAGGGGGAGAAUGAUGGGCUGGUCAGCGUGGAGAGCAGUCGAUGGGGGGUGUAUCAGGGGACGCUGAUGGGAGUCAGUCAUUUGGAUUUGAUCAAUUGGUCGAACCGGGCGGCGUGGACGAUGCGCGAGUGGAUGGGCAUGAAGAGGACGUUUAAUGCGGUUGCGUUUUACCUUGACGUGGCCGACAUGCUGGCCAAGGAAGGGUUGUGA